GAUGAAAUCUAUGAGAUUGAUAGUUCUGAGGAGUCGGACAUACAAGUCUGUGACUACGAACCAAACAGGUUAUGAGCUUGUCUUAUCACCAAGCUGUAAAUGUUGCUCAAGAGAAAAAGCUUCAGGAUUUUCUUUGUCACUCUAUACGUCCCUGAACGAUGUGGCUGCAUAAGUUAAAAACAGCUUACGGAAUACAUGGCUUUGUUGACGCAACUCAUUAUCUUAUCUCAAUAUUCAUGACGACGCUAUUACGAGACCGUUUGUACGUGUCAGCAAAAAAGAAAUGGUUUGAUAAGAAAUCGUCUUGAUCGAGUGGUUGGUAAAAAUUGCGUCCACCUUACACCGAAAAUUGACCAAGGAAAAACGCAUUUUUUAAUACGAGAAUUUACAGCUAUCACCAAGUCAUGUACACCCUGUUGCUGCGGUCGGUCUGGCCUGUUCAUAAAACGCCCUGGCAUAUAACCUCGUGGAUCGAUCGGGAAUUUUCAUUAUCGACCGUACACAAUGGAAAAAGGCUUGGGAAGAUCCUCAUCGCAAAUCGCGGCGAAAUCGCUUGCCGAAUUGCAAGAACCGCUCGUAAACUUGGGGUAAAAACGGUGGCGGUAUACAGCGACGCGGACCAGGAGGCCAUGCACGUCCGUUUGGCUGACGAGGCCUACAACAUUGGACCCGCGGCUUCGACCGAAAGUUACCUGAAGCAGGAUAGUAUAAUUGAGGCUGCCAAGAAGUCCAAGUCCCAGGCGAUACACCCCGGCUAUGGAUUUUUAUCGGAGAAUACUGAAUUCGCCGAGCUCUGUCAGAGCGAGGGGAUCACCUUCAUCGGGCCCCCGGCGAGCGCGAUCAGGGACAUGGGGAUAAAGAACACCUCCAAGGCCAUUAUGGCCGCGGCCGGCGUACCUGUAGUUCCAGGUUAUCACGGAGAGGAUCAAUCCAACGACAGGUUGAUGGCAGAGGCAAGACUUGUCGGUUUUCCACUGAUGAUUAAGGCGGUGCGAGGAGGUGGAGGCAAAGGAAUGCGCAUAGCUUUUGAAGAAGGGGAUUUUUUCACGGCAUUGGAGGCGGCUCGAACCGAAUCGGCAAAAUCGUUCGGCGACUCGGCCGUGUUGUUAGAGAAAUAUGUUUCCGAACCCCGGCACGUCGAAGUUCAGGUAUUCGCUGAUCAGCACGGAAACGCUGUCCACCUGUUCGAAAGAGACUGUUCGGUUCAAAGGAGACAUCAAAAAAUCAUUGAGGAGGCCCCCGCGCCGGGAAUUUCACCCGAGUUGCGGUCUGAGCUAGGUGCAGCCGCCGUCCGGGCGGCAAAGGCCGUUAAAUACGUGGGAGCCGGGACAGUGGAAUUUAUUCUCGAUCGUUACACUCACAGUUUUCAUUUCAUGGAGAUGAACACGCGGCUCCAGGUUGAGCAUCCCGUUACCGAAGCAAUUACCGGCACUGAUCUCGUCGAGUGGCAGCUCACAGUGGCUGCCGGAGAGAAGUUGCCGCUUACUCAGGAAGAGAUAAAGCUGGCGGGACAUGCUUUCGAGGCGAGAAUAUACGCCGAGGAUCCGAAUAACGGGUUUCUACCUGGUGCCGGUCCCCUGUUACAUCUAACGACCCCGGAGAUGUCGGCUGACGUCCGAGUCGAGACGGGGGUGCGGCAGGGUGAUCAGGUUUCCGUGCACUACGAUCCGAUGAUAGCGAAACUGGUCGUUUGGGGGAAGGACAGGAGCGAGGCGAUCGGGAAACUCGGAGCGAAACUCGCGGAAUACAAUAUCGUCGGCGUGGAAACAAACGUGCAAUUCAUCAUGGACCUCGCUAGCCAUCCGAAAUUCGCCAGCGGUGAUGUUCACACCGGCUUUAUAGAGGAGAACCACGCAACUCUUUUUCCCAAAAUCGAAAUCACCGACGAGAUACUGACCCAAGGAGCAUUAGCCAUGAUCCUAGAAGAGAGUUUGCCCUCCUUGAACGACGCUAGCUUUACCCCGUUCGCAACAAACGUCGGCCUUAGACUAAACCACGCGCUUGAGCGUAAAUUUCAAUUUCUCUUCAAAGAUAAGGAAUUUGUGGUUAACGCAAGGUACCUUCGACCAGGUGUGUUUAACAUGAGAACGAAUGACACGGGCCCCUGGAGAAACGUGAGCGGUUCGUUGAUAAGAAGGAACAAUGUUCUCGAAUUAUCAUCGGAAAUCGACGGCGUAAUAACCCGCGCUAGGAUCGUUAACAACAAUGGAGAGCUUUAUUUAUUUACGAAUGAGCGCAAGUGGCAGCUGACGAUACCGCCGCCGAAGUUCGUCACCGCUGUAUCGUCGAUCAGCGGUCAGCAGCGAGCGGUUGGUUCUGCGAUGAGCCCAAUGCCCGGUGUCGUCGACAAGAUUCUCGUUCAGCGAGGUGAUAUUGUUAAAAAGGGCGAUCCUCUCCUUGUGAUCGUUGCCAUGAAAAUGGAGCACGCGAUCAAGGCCGCCUGCGACGGACUUGUCGAGGAGGUCCUUUGCACUGCUGGCGAGAAUGUUGCCAAGAAUAAACUUCUCGUUAGGAUGAAGGAGGAGAAAUUAGCCUAGCUUCUGUUGCCGUACAGGGCGGAAAGCUUAAUGGUACUUGAUACGAUUGGAAUUGUCGAAUCUUCCUUUUUUAACUAAUUUUAAAUUUUUUAUAAUACCCAUAAGGCCAGUUCUCUGGAUUUGUUAAUGGUUGUUUACAAUGCUAGAUAUUUUUAACGAAUAAAUGUACAUAAUACUCCUCAUACGCAAAGAA